UUAAAUAAAUAAAUUAUAUUGUGUAAUUUCGAAUUAUCCGUUUUGUUACAACAAAAACAAAAAAAGACUAAUCUCUCUCACUUAGAGUAACGCAAAAGCAAAAGCAGCGGCAGUGUUUUUAAUUCCAUAUUUAUCAUCACUUUCAAGAAUUUUUUUGGCGGGCUUCAUUCAAAUAAACAAAAAGGGAAACAGGUUGCCAGACUGUUGCAGCACUGAACGGACACGGUUUGCCGCUAUGUACAUUAACAGCGCGUCGCAUUUGCGUUAACAAGUCUCUGAUUGGCAGCGCUGUAACAGCGCUGUUAGCUAAGGUAACCAGAUAAGCGGAAUAAACAGCUGACUGCCCAUGUGGAAAGAAUUCAUUCGACGUCACAGCUAUCACAGUAAGGUAGCUCCAAAUCGUGAGGGCGCCCGAUUGAUAAUACGCCGCUUGCAAAAGACUGUGUUACGCAUCUUGCGUGAUCCCGAUUCCAACAUGUCUAGAUGGUCAUUUCAACAACAACAACAACCACAGCAGCAGCCACCGCCGGCGCCAGAACCGCAAGCGGAUGGUGCACAAUACAAUAACAACCAGACGCAGCAUAACAACAAUAAUAAUAGUAAUCGAGGCACAAAACAAGAUAGCAAUUGUCGCACCUGCAAUGAUUUCAAGUCAUGGUCGAAGCAGCAACGUCUCAUCUCCAACACGCAAGCAGCCAAGGAGAAACAUAUGGCAAAUGAGAAACUCAAUGUGAGUAAUGCUGGGGGAUUGGCGGCGCCACGAGAGGAUUGUCCACUGGAUAAGGUCCGACUGGGCAUCUCGACGUGGGGAUUGCUCCACACAAUGGCCGCCUUCUAUUCGGAUAAUCCCACGGAUACAGAGAAGCGUGAUAUGCGCACCUUUUUCGAGGUGCUCUCACGUCUUUAUCCUUGUGAAUACUGCGCCAAGGACUUUCGCACCGAUAUCGAGGUGAAUCCCGUGAAUGUCAAUUCGCAAAAGGAUCUGGCAUUGUGGUUAUGCAAGUUCCAUAAUCGUGUGAAUGACAAACUUGGCAAGCCGCUCUUCGAUUGCUCCAAAGUCAAUGAGAGAUGGCGAGAUGGCUGGCUGGAUGGUUCAUGUGAUUAGCUCGAAUCACCUCUAUCUCUCUCUCUCACACACACACACACAGCUCAUGAUGCAACUCCUCGAGCAGCAGCAGCAGCCGCAUUCACGUUGUGGCAAGCGUUUUAAACCAUUUGUGAAUUGUCCAACAAAAGUUGCGGAAAGGCAGCCCACUUUAAUUAUAUGGAAUAAGCUGCCAAAUUCAAGUCCAAGAACCCACCCCCUACCCGCCUGCCUGCCUCUUAAACACACAUAAAACAUAAUUGCAAGUUUUGGAUGUUUAACACUUAACACACCUACAAACAUCCACAAACAAAACAUAAUGUUCCAAAAAUUUGUUGUCUAAGAGCUGUAUUGUGGACAAAAUUUCGUAUUUCCUGUAUGUAUUAUAAUACUAAAAAAAAAAAGAAAAAAUAUAUUUUUUUUCUGCGGU